CUGGGGGUGGUGAGGUGGCUCUGCGGGAGAGUUUGGCCCAGCCCUCCGACCCAGGGCCCACCCCUCAGCCCGCCCCCAGACUGGGUGGGGUGACCCCUACAAAAGCUCCGAGCUGCCAGCAGCAGCUGCUUCCUCCUAGACUCAGAGUCCCACACCCCGGAGUCGGGAAGUCGGGAAGUUUGGAGGAUGAGGAUGAGGCCCGUCCGCCCUGAGGUUUCCCGGGGCCUGCCCUGUGCCCUGGCAGCCCACCUGCGUCCCAGCUGCGCCCUCCUCCUGACCCUGCUCGGCGUGGCCGCGGGCUCCAGGGGCCCCGUGGUGCCCAGCCAGCCCUUCACCACCGUCUGGAACGCCAACACGCAGUGGUGCCUGGAGAGGCACGGCGUGGACGUGGACGUCAGUGUCUUCGGCGUGGUGGCCAACCCCGGGCAGACCUUCCUGGGCCUGGACAUGACCAUGUUCUACAGCUCGCAGCUGGGCACCUACCCCUACUACACGGCUGCCGGGGAGCCCGUGUUCGGUGGCCUGCCCCAGAACGCCAGCCUGGACGCCCACCUGGCCCGCGCGUACCACGACGUCCUGGCGGCCAUGCCUGCCCCUGACUUCUCUGGGCUGGCGGUCAUCGACUGGGAGGCCUGGCGCCCACGCUGGGCCUUCAACUGGGACACCAAGCCUGCUCUGCGGGUGGAGGCAGCAGCCCAGGCCCAGUUCCAGGGCGCCGCGCAGGCCUGGAUGGGGGGCACCCUCCGUUUGGGCCAGGCCCUGCGGCCCCGCGGCCUCUGGGGCUUCUACGGCUUCCCUGGCUGCUACAACUACGACUUCCUGAACCCCAACUACACAGGCGAGUGCCCCCCGGGCGUCCGUGCCCAGAACGACCAGCUGGGGUGGCUGUGGGCCCAGAGCCGUGCCCUCUACCCCAGCAUCUACCUUCCCGCGGCACUGGCGGGCACAGGGAAGGCACAGAUGUAUGUGCGGCACCGAGUGGGUGAGGCGUUCCGUGUGGCUGAGGGUGCUGGGGACCCCCGUCUGCCGGUGCUGCCCUACGUCCAGAUCUUCUAUGACAUGACCGACCGCUUCCUGUCCCUGGACGAGCUGGAGCACAGCCUGGGGGAGAGCGCGGCCCAGGGAGCAGCGGGAGUGGUGCUCUGGGUGAGCUGGGAGAACACAAAAACCAAGGAAUCAUGCCAGGCCAUCAAGGAGUACGUGGACACCACGCUGGGGCCCUUCGUCCUGAACGUGACCAGUGCGGCCUGUCUGUGCAGUGAGGCCCUGUGUUCCGGCCAUGGCCGCUGUGCCCGGCGCCCCAGCCACCCUGAGGCCCUCCUCUUCCUCAACCCCACCAGUUUCGCCAUUGAACUCCCGCCUGGCGGUGGGCCCCUGACCCUACGAGGUGCCCUUUCCCCUAAGGAUCGGGAACAGAUGGCGGUGGAGUUCAAAUGUCACUGCUACCCGGGCUGGAGGGGAGCCUGGUGUGAGCAGCGGGGCAUGUGGUGACUGGCCACACCCCAGGUGCACCACCCAGUCCUGUAACAGUGCGCUCUGGGCCUGGCCCAGGCUUUCCCAAGGGCAGACCCAGCUACACAAGUCACGGCCACACUCGGGGGGACAGCCAGGAGCAUCUGCCUGCCAUGCUCACAUACUGCCCGGGAGUCUCCGGACCCCCUCGGGGUCUCAAACAUCACCUCCAGAGACGGGGCAGCCCGUCCUACAACUGCAGCGACCACCCAGCCCUGUGCUGAGCAUGUGGAGGGGCCUAACUCCUUCAGCCUGAGGCGCCGCUUAGAGGGCGCUGAGCAAGCCCGGAGGGAGCGCACUGCGCCAGGUGGCACCGCCAUAACGGGAGCAGCUGGGAUUCCCACCAGGCGUCUGCUGUAGGGUGGCGCCCUGGCUGCGCCCGCGGGAUGGCCAGCAGCCCGAACCCCGUAAAUAAAGCAGACAGACGUGCUUCUCA